UGGAAAAGUGGAGGUAUUAGCAGUCCAGAGGUAUAUAUAGUCAAAGCUUCAACCAGACUGCGAGAGAGAGAGAGAGAGAGAGUGAGAGAGGGGGGCAGCGGCAGCGGCAGCUAGAUAUCACCGAUAUCACGGCGCGCUCGUCCGAUUCGCGUGUAGGCACUGCGACUCGGUCAUAAACUGGAUCCGCUCGUGUCGUAUCGCAGAAUGCAAUAACCGCGGUAGAAAUUCAACGGUGACUGUUGCAAAGUACAAAAAUUAUUACCCAAUAUACGUCGUGAACGAACCGCUGCAAGGUUAGGCACAAGGUUCGCUGAACGGAGCACGAUACGGAAUCUGAGGUCACGGAUUCCACUUGGGCGGGCAAACGCGCGCGACUUCGAUUGUUCGGACGGCGAAAUGGACAGCAAGAUCGACGACGAGAAUCAGCGAGGCGUCAACGACGGCGACUGGGUCUGCCCUGACUCGCAAUGUGCCAAUAUAAACUUUGCCAGGCGUAACUCCUGCAAUCGUUGUGGGAAAGAUAGAGGAGAAUGUCCGAAAAAGAAAAAAUUAGGUCAGGAAAUUGGAAAAGCAGCCGCGGAAAAAAGUAGAGGCCUUUUCAGCGCGGACGAUUGGCAAUGCAGCAAAUGCGGUAACGUAAACUGGGCUCGCCGGCAACAGUGUAAUAUGUGCAAUGCUCCAAAAUUCGGUGAGAUAGAGGAGCGCACGGGAUACGGAGGUGGGUAUAACGAUCGAGGGGUCGUCGAAUACAAAGAGAGGCGAGAUGAAGACGACGAAUAUGACGAGUUUGGACGGCGUAAAAAAAAGCGGAAAUUAGAGAAGAAUUCCGAUGACGACUCAAAGGACUCCAAAUACAAUAGCCCGUCGCGUAGUAAAUCUAGAGACAAAGAAGAGAGAAACGAAGUAGACGAAGAGGAGCAAGAAGAAAAUGAAGAAGAGGAAGAUGAUGAGGAAGAGGAGGAAGAUGGUGAUUUAUCUAAAUAUGACCUUAGCGAAUGGGAUGACUUUGUGCCAGUAAAAAAAAGUACAAAUGGAAAUACUACAUCUUCGGAAGCGGAACGGUCAAGAAAUGGAGAUGAUCGGCGCGAUUCAGGCACAUCCAACCAAUGAAAGGCUGUACAGAAGGACAGGUUUGACUUGGGUUUCGGGUAUAAAAUUGAUUAUGAUGAUCAGUUGCAGACAGCAUACAGUGUGAUGAAUUUUGCUAAAUAAUGUAUAGUCCCAGAUCCUUAAGACUUAAAGUAUAGCUUGCUUUUAUUGCGAUUAUAUCUCGAUAUAUCGCGUAGACAUCGAGUAGAGAAAUUAGCGUCGAUUUUAGCGAAUUCUUAAGAAGUGCAAGCGUUCCUCUCUCAUUCAACGUAUCAAUUUUUUACAGGCGAACCAGGAAACGAAAAAACGCAACCAGUGCUCGGCAACUAAGAAAUAUACACAACGCAACAAGUUUUAGUAAUUUAGUAUGCACCUUUGGAUAUAAAGUGGCCGAUAAUGUGUGACUUAUUACAAAGGGAAGUCGACUAACAAUAAGCUUUACAUUUAUAAUUGAGCUCAUAGCUUCGUUGAUCCUAAGGAAGCGAAAUGUAGGUCUCCUAUUUGCGCGGGUAUAUCGUUGUUCGUAACGAUUGCAGAGUUUAUGAAAAACUACUUCGGCGCAAGUAGUAUGUUUCGCUAGCGAGAUACGAGAUUGAUAAUUCCAACAUGAAUCUAUAGAAGAAAUUAUACACAGCUCGUUUUACAAGCUAAAUAUGACGUUGUAGAAAAAGAUCUUACUCCUAUGUAAUAGAUGGUGUUAACGCUCUGCGCAAGCCCCGUCGUCGCAGUGUUCUAAAAUUCUUAUUAUUUUAUCACAAACGUAACUAUGUCGAUGUAGCCGUGUCACUGCUUCACAUUGCUCAAGUUGCCUGAAGGAAUCUAACUUUUCUUCUUUUGUCCCCCUAUCUCUCCUUUUUACAUCAUCUAUGCAUAAUGCUCGGAUUAAGUUGACAAUCGUCAAGUGUAGUAUUAAAGAAUCAUUCCCCAAACAGAGCAGAUAUGUAUUUUGCAUCUUUUGGAAGAGACCAAAAGGAAAGGAUACGUUCUCUUGCUUUGACUAUCACAGAUUUGAGUAAGUUGAGAAACAGCCUGCUCACUUGUUGAAAACGUAGCGCUUUUUAAAUUAGUCGUGACCCGCAUCUUUGCAGAUACGGGCCUUAUUGUGAACUCCGACGGCCGUUCUUGAAUCGCAAAACGAUUAUCGAUCAACUAUCGUACUGACUUCUUGUAAAUAUCUUUAUUUUUCAUUUAUAAUAAAAAUCAUUCAUCAACAA